AUGGCCCUUCAGAGAGUUCCAGGUGGCAGGCACCCCCACCAGGGUCUGACCCUGGGGAGUCCUGCGCCAGCUCUCCCAGCAGCCAGGAGGAGGUCCUUUAGUCCUGAAGGGCUUCUGGGUGGUUUCCACGGCGUCCACUGCACCUCCGAGACGUUUGCAGGAGACAGAGAUGUCGAUGACCCCAUGCCUGACCGAGGAGGCGCUGGACUAGCUCCUGGGGAUGACAGGUUCAAACCUGUGGUGCCAUGGCCUCAUGUGGAAGGAGUAGAAGUGGACUUAGAGUCUAUCAGAAGAAAAAACAAGGCCAGAAAUGGCCAACAGCGCCAUGCUGGAGGGGAUGACCAGAGAGACAUAAUGCAGAGGCGGUACCUCACAUUUAAGCCGCAGACAUUCACCUACCGCGACCCUGUGCUUCGCCCAGGCAUCCUCGGUAACUUUGAACCCAAAGAACCCGAGCCUCACGGAGUGGUUGGCGGCCCUGGAGAGAAAGCCAAGCCUUUGGUUUUGGGACCAGAAUUCAAACACGCAGUUCAAGCCAGCAUUAAAGAGUUUGGAUUUAACAUGGUGGCAAGUGACAUGAUUUCCCUGGACCGCAGCGUCAGCGACUUGCGACAGGAGGAGUGCAGGUAUUGGCAUUAUGAUGAAAACCUGCUCACGUCCAGUGUCGUCAUCGUCUUCCACAAUGAAGGAUGGUCGACCCUCAUGAGAACAGUCCACAGUGUGAUUAAAAGGACUCCAAGGAAAUAUUUAGCAGAAAUUGUGUUAAUUGAUGAUUUCAGUAAUAAAGAACACUUAAAAGGAAAGCUAGAUGACUAUAUUAAGCUGUGGAAUGGCCUGGUGAAGGUAUUUCGAAAUGAAAGAAGAGAAGGUUUAAUUCAGGCACGAAGCAUUGGAGCCCAGAAGGCUAAACUCGGACAGGUUUUGAUAUACCUUGACGCCCACUGUGAGGUGGCAGUUAACUGGUAUGCACCACUUGUAGCCCCCAUAUCUAAGGACAGAACUGCAUGUACUGUGCCUCUAAUAGAUUACAUAGAUGGGAAUGAUUAUUCCAUUGAGCCACAGCAAGGUGGGGACGAAGAUGGCUUUGCCAGAGGGGCCUGGGACUGGAGUUUACUGUGGAAGCGUAUUCCUCUAAGCCACAAGGAAAAGGCCAAACGAAAACAUAAAACUGAACCUUAUCGAACCAUUUGCACUGUGCCGAUUAUAGAUGUCAUAAGUGGCAACACAUAUGAGAUUGUGCCCCAAGGGGGUGGUGACGAAGACGGGUACGCCCGAGGAGCAUGGGACUGGAGUAUGCUCUGGAAACGGGUGCCUCUGACCCCUCGCGAGAAGAGAAUGAGAAAGACAAAAACUGAACCGUAUCGGUCCCCAGCCAUGGCUGGCGGGUUAUUUGCCAUUGAACGAGAAUUCUUCUUUGAACUGGGUCUCUACGAUCCAGGUCUCCAGAUUUGGGGUGGUGAAAACUUUGAGAUCUCAUACAAGAUCUGGCAGUGUGGCGGCAAAUUGCUAUUUGUUCCCUGUUCUCGUGUAGGACACAUCUACCGUCUCGAGGGCUGGCAAGGGAAUCCGCCACCCAUUUAUGUUGGGUCUUCUCCAACCCUAAAGAAUUAUGUUAGAGUUGUAGAGGUUUGGUGGGAUGAGUAUAAAGAUUAUUUCUACGCCAGCCGUCCUGAAUCGAAGGCAUUACCCUAUGGGGACAUAUCUGAGCUGAAAAAAUUCCGAGAAGAUCACAACUGCAAAAGUUUCAAAUGGUUCAUGGAAGAAAUCGCUUACGAUGUCACCUCACACUACCCUCUGCCGCCCAAGAACGUCGACUGGGGAGAAAUCAGAGGCCUUGAAACUGUUUACUGCAUUGAUAGCAUGGGAAAGACGAACGGAGGCUUUGUUGAACUGGGACCCUGCCACAGGAUGGGAGGGAAUCAGCUUUUCCGAAUCAAUGAAGCUAAUCAACUCAUGCAGUACGACCAGUGUUUGACGAAGGGGCCUGACGGGUCAAAGAUCAUGAUCGCACACUGCAAUCUAAACGAAUUCAAGGAGUGGCAGUACCUCAAGAACCUGCACAAAUUUACUCACAUCCCUUCAGGGAAGUGCUUAGAUCGUUCCGACGUCCUCCAUCAAGUGUUCCUCUCCAAUUGCGACUCCAGUAAAAUGACUCAGAAAUGGGAAAUAAAUAACAUCCAUAGCAUUUAGGAAGAAUAAAAAGAAACCAGGAACCUACCUACUGACACGUGAAUUCACACAGGACCGAGAACCGCCUGACACCUGCUGCAUCUGUUGACUGUACAGCUAAACCCAGAACCUCCUGAUUGCUUGGAAGGACACUGAAAAACUGUGAUUUUUACAAUAACAUUAUCAUCUGCAGUUACUGUUUACAAAACUGCUUUUACCUUAAACUUUGUAGAUGUUUACAUCUUUUAUUUGUUCAGUUGUAAGAUGAUGUUGGUCAUUUGUGCAUUUAGCUCUGUUUCAUUUAGAAGAGAGUUAAAAGCCUUGUGCUCAUCUUUGGGAUUACACUCAGGGGUCUGAAUGGCAGUUUGAUUUUUUUUUUUUAAACACACUUGAAGAAAGGUUGGGUUAACCAGACUUUCAUAUGUCACUUGGUGAUGAUCAACCUGUUAUGUCUUUAUUUAAUUUCACAUCUUUUCGAAGCACUGCCACAGGUCAUUAGCCAACGUGGCCUUCCUUCACAGUCAUGCUGCUUUUUUGAAAGGUGAAUUUCCACACAUUUAGUGCCUCUUUUCAUUUCUCAGUAUAUAUUUCAAGAGCUUUUGAUAAAUUUAUAAGAUAGUUGUGAUCAAAUUGUCACCUCUAUGGGAAAUACUUUUACUACUCAGAAUGGCUACCAUUUGCUUUGAAACUGAGUUAUUGUAUGACUUAAAAAAGAAAUGACAAUAUGGAACAUCCCAAAGCUAUUCUAUAGGGUUUGAAGAUUGUAUGGUGUUAACUUCCUUACUUGCCAGCAUUCCCAGUGCCCUCUGCUGAUGCCAGCUCCGGUGACAGCAAAGGGGUCUCUACCAACUAGAGAAAAAUAAUCCAGUUACAUUUGGGACUUUUCCCCAAUGCCUGCCACUAUAAAAACUAUAAAUGACUGUCCAUUUUGAAACCUUGAAAUGGGGGUAAGAAAAACGAUAAAACACCACUGUAAACACAUCAGGUUUAUUCUGACUGAGGUAAGAAUUUCCAAGCCCUUGUUAGAUUAAGCCUUACAAAACUCCUGUGCACUGUAACCUAAGCUGUGCAAUUUAGGAAGCCAAGAGUGAAUGGAGGUUUCAUUUAUAUUUUCACCCAAAUGAAAUUCCCUGCACAUUUAAAAAAAUUUUUAAAGGCUAUUAAAAAUACAAUUCACAACAAACUCCUUUCUGUCAGAUUAGGUGUUAGUUUCCUAGUGUCUCUAAAUUUCUUUAGGAAGCAUAUUUCUAUUAGCGUUUUUCCAGAAAAUGAAGGCUUUCUUGGAUUUAAAAACUUGAUAGUACCUACUAUAGGAAAACCAAAUAUUGCAAGUGAUCAGUUAGAUCUUAAUUUUUAAAUAACAGUCCUUUACUGCCCCAAAGAUUAAAAUGUUAUGUUGAAUGCAAACAAGGAAAAGAAAUGAUGAGGUGGAGAAUGGCGAGUAAAUGAAGCAUUUUUGAUCCUGCCAUCGUGACAUCAUUACAAUGGAAAGAAUUCCUGAACUACUGCCAGAGGGAAAUAUUUUUAAAGUUUAAAAAAGAAAAGGAAAAAACCUCCAGUUUGUUCAAAAGAAAAGCCUACAAAUGUUUCUUCUAAGCUUAGCUCUUAGAAUUUGGAGAGUCAAAGUUAAACAUCCUAAACAGAGUUUUAUUUAUAAUUUUGAAUUGUCAGUUUGUAUUUUGCUUCUGAUUUGUGAUCAACCAUUUUAGCUUUCAUUCAUCUCUAGAGAUGUUUAAAAAGGAAUACAUUAAUACGCUUAUAUAUUGCAAAAUAAAUCAACUAUAAAAAAAGGCCCAAGAGAAUUGGUAACUUAUAUGUUUGCAAUAGGCUCCAUUUUCCUUGUUGAAUGGAUUAUUACCUUCUUAACUAUGCAUAGAUAGGCCUAACAGAGGUGGUAUAUAAACUGUGCAUAUGAAUUUUAAAUGGGUAUUUUGUGCAAUUCAUUCAGCUACUCUAUGAAAAUGAUUCUCUAUAUUGAAAUCAGAAACCUUACCAAACAUGAAAAACAUCCGAAAGCUGCUGCCGUAAUGACUAUUUUCUACUGUAGGCUGCUUUGGAAAUAAUUCCCAUAUCCUUGAUUUCUAAGUGGAUAAAAUCACUAUGCAUUUCUAUACAUUUUAUAAAUUUGAUUUAUGCAGAUUUUGAUACACUGUAUGUUUCUGUAGAAAUUGUAUAAAUAUUCAAAUUUUUAUUAGGUAUAAAUUUGAGAAGUUAUGUAUAUCUUAAUUCUGGGUUAUGUGUUUUUUAGGUGAGGAAAAAUAAAAACUGUAUUUUAAUCCAUG